ACGAUGCAUAGACAUCGCGAAUAAUAAAUCUGGAAAUCCAUCGUGGAGAUCAGUAAUGCAAUAUCGAUCGCGCAGGAUCGCGCAGGACUGUUAAAAAUGUUCCGUUAGAGAGCAUCUUCGGGAAAUAAUUUUGAUACGAUGAAUCGCGAGUGCUUGGCGUUGCUGUUGACAGCGCAAUUAGCCGGAAUUUUGUGCGCUAACGAGCACGAUAUCAUUCGAGAUUACUUUACGUUUAGAAAAGUGAAGAGGAUCGUGGGGUUCUCUUGCGGUGACGUAGAAAGUAUGAAACAUUAUCAAAUUAUUAGAAGCACUCAAGAAAAAAACGCGUAUCGCGUAUCGUCAAAAAUGAUAUUUCAGUACUAGUACAGCGUUGCCAAUUUUAAGAUAUUCAUUGGAUUCGUGAAGUUUACUAGCUUCAUGGAUUUCAUAGAAUUCGUGAAAUUCGUGGAGCUCGUGGAAUUCGAGGGAUUUAUGUAGGAUUUAUCAAACACUUUUUUGCUAUCUAAUAUAUAAAAUUAAAAAUUGUACAAAAAGUUAAGUAAAAUUGUAUUUAUUACAGUUACAAAAGUUAUACACUAUGUUUUUCAUAAAAAUUGGAUGUUUUGCAAUAACAUAAAUAUAAUACAUACAUACAAGCAUGGAAAGAAGGAGUUUUUCCUAUAUCUUUUUAACGAUUUGAGAAUUGAAUGUUUAACAACAGCUUCCUGUCUUUCCUUUGUACGAAACAGAUGACGUUAAGCUCGCGAGAACGUUCAACGACAUGUACACCACGUACAUUUCGAUGGUGGACGUCGUAGCUGAAUCGACCGUAGAUUUAAAAAAUUUUUUGGGCGCCGAGUAUCAUCAGCUAGGUAUCUUCGUGGAUUGCCGGUGUGACAGCGAGCGAUACGCUAAAAUAUUCACCGAUGCAACGAGACAUUCCAUGUACGACGAGAUGCACAAAUGGUUGAUUCUGGGGUCGAAUUUGACCCACAGCUUGGAAAUAUUAAACGACGAAGCGUUUAGCGUUUCGACUGACGUUGUAAUUGCUGUGCCAUCGAGAAACGAUUAUGUUCUGUACGACGUGUAUAAUCCGUGCAAGGAUCGAGGAGGAGCAACGAACGUGACAGUGUUCGGAACCUGGAACGGUGAAAACGGAUUAAAUGUUACGUUGAAUCAGCCGAAGUUUCAGAGGAGGUCGAAUCUGCACGGAAUGAGACUUAAAGUUGGAAUUGUGGCAAGUUUUGAACAGCUACUUUAGAAAUAAUAACUGAAUAAAUAUAUAAUAAUGGAAGGACCUCCUUUUAAACUCCUUCUUAUUAUGUCUCGAAAAUAAUCUCAAAUACGAUCUGAUUAUAAAUAAAAAAUAAUACAUUAUUUUCAUUCGUACAUUGUAUGCGAAAUGAUUCAACAUCAAAUGCAGGGCUUCUUAAACUUUUUUCAUUCGCGACCUCGCUUAUGAUUGUGAUUUCUUUCGCAC